AUGAAUGUAUUGAAAAGUAUAGGGCGGGUUCAUGCUCGUCUGUUUUCAUCUACAGCUAAAUGUUUAUCAUACAUUGGUGAAAGACCUAUUAAGCUAGCAAAUGGAGUCAGCAUGUCUGUUGAGUCGAUCCCAAUUGAAUUUUGUAAGAAAUUCACAAAGAGAAACGAAGUGUACAAUUUGGAUAGACAAGUUGUCGUACAAGGUCCAUUAGGCUCAAUCAAAACCGCCAUUCCCGAUUUCCUUCUCGUACGACCAGACCCAAAGGAUCCUAACAGCAUUUCAGUGAGAGUGAAAAGGACCAAAGACAAAACACAGAGAUCAUUAUGGGGCACUAUGCGUGCGUUACUUCAGAAUGCUGUAACUGGUACCACAGAGGGUCAUUUGUCUAUUGUCAAAUUUGUUGGUACUGGUUACAGAGCCAUUUUGGAAAAAAAUGAAAAGGGUGAAGAUAUUGUGGCCCUAAAAUUGGGUUUUCCAUACACACCAAAGAUUAAAGUUCCCGCAGGAUUGAAAGUCAGCACUCCUAACCCAGCCAGGUUGGUGAUUGAAGGAUGCGAUAAGCAACAAGUGAAGUUAUUUGCCGCAGUUAUUAGAGAAUAUAAGAAACCAGAGCCAUACAAGGGUAAAGGUAUUUUUGUGGACAAUGAGACCAUUGUGCUAAAGGAAAAGAAACUUAAAUAA